AUGGUAACGUCUAAUAAACAGCCGGAUAAGAAAAUAGUGAAAAUGGCGGAGCAGAACACUGUGGCUGUUGUGCCCCAAAGGACCUUGCUAGGUGAAGUUAAUGAACAUAUAACAUGUCCGCUAUGUCGAGGCUAUUACAUAGACGCGACAACGAUCGUAGAAUGUUUACACUCUUUCUGUCGGAGCUGUAUUAUUAAACACUUGCGAGCGAAAAGCUACUGCCCUGUUUGUGAAAUGAUGAUAAACUCUGCCAAGCCAAACAUCAAACCAGACAAGGCACUUCAAGACAUUGUGUACAAGCUUGUGCCAGGACUGUUUCAAAAAGAAAUGGAGAGGCGACAACAGUUUUAUUCAUCGCGACCAGGUCCUGCUGCUACUGCUACACCUGAACAGAGAGGUGAAGAUACAGAAAGAAUAAUUUUCAGUCCUGAAGAUGUGAUCUCAUUUUCUUUAGAAUAUGCUGAUGCUACUGAUACUGAUAGCAUAUCUAGUAAGUCUUCAGAUAGUAAUGAGCCACAACCAGUCCCAACAACACCAAGAAGGUUUUUGCAGUGUCCUGCUGUGGUGAACAUCAGUCAUCUUAAAAAGUUUUUGAGUAUGAAAUUUGACAUUGAUAGUACUCAAUUUGCUAUUGAUAUUUUGUAUAAGAGAGUUCCUUUACCAGAUUACUAUACAUUGAUGGACAUAGCUUACAUAUACAACUGGAAGAGAAAUGAACCAAUGAGAUUUUUCUAUCAAAUAAUAGAUUAUGUUGCUAUUAGAAAUAGACUAUUUGAAAUCAAUAAAAAAGGUUCAGGUUCAGGUCAUUUAAGAGAUAGAAAAUCAAGUCCAGCAUUAACUGAAGAUACAAAUGUUAGUAGUCCAGCACCUCAUUUAAAUGACCAAGGCUCUGAAGCUUCUUCAGGUACUGACAGUCCUAUGCCUGAUGAUACUACUAGUCAAGCAAGUGACACAUCUAAGAAGGUUGAGAAAGCAGGGCAACAAAGUAAAAAUUUUGAUGAGUCUAAAAAUCUUGACCGACAAUCUGAUACGCCUAAAAAGAAUGAUGAUGAAGUUGAAAAAUCUCAAUUUCUCAAUUCCUUUGAAUUAACUGCAAAGAGCAUGUUACCACUUAAAUCAUCGCCAGUAAAAUCUUCUGAUGAACAGAGCACAUCUAAUGAAGUACCAUCCAAAACCCAGUCAAAAGAAGUGUCCCCAAAAGUAGAAGAGAAAGUUGGAGAAACAUCUAAAAGGAAAUUUCAAACUUCUCCACAUACACCAGAAUUAAAAAAGCUUAAAAUAGAACUUGAAAAAGCAAAAGUAACUAGUUUUGUUACUAGUGCUACAACAACUUCUGCUACUGCUACAACAACAAGUGCAACAACCUCCAGUCAAAGUAAUAGAACAUUGGAAACUCCAAUAAAAGGAAAGGAUGUUGAAGGGCCCUCUAAGAAUGCACCAACACCAACUACCGCCAUUUCACCAUCCCCCAUGGCUAUUCCUCCAAAAGAAAUGAAACAGCAAGCAGUUGCAAAGCAACAAGAAGGCCCUGGAGUGAAAAGAACUGUAUCACUAUCCCAAAACACAUCAUCUCCAAAACGGAAACCACCAAAUGAUGCUCCUUCUGCCGCACAGCCUCAAGGAACUCAGAAAACAAUUUCUCCACUCAAAUUACAGAUACCCAAGCCGGAAACAACAGCUAAUCAAAAACAACCAGACUUACAAAAGCCUCCAGUCAAAAAGAUGCCAGAUUUAAAACCUAGUGUGCCUAUGUCUAACAAAGGACAACAUGUCAAUAAAGUAAGAAUGGAUCUAUUAGCAAAUAAUAGUGAUCCAACUAUAGAUAGAAGUAAAAUAUUAUCUCAAGUUCAAUCAUCACUUGGUUCACCAAUGUCAGGAACUCAACAAUCCGGUGAUCCUUUGAAGUCUUUAUUAGAUACAUGUAAAAUGAGAAUACCUUCAUCAUUAUCUAUUACGCUAACUGAUCAAAAAUUAGAUGCUCGUAAUGCUGCUGAGGUAGCAAAUACAGAUCCUAAGAAAAGUAUGGUAAAUAAAAACCUGGCUGGUGCUAGUAACACUGCCCAUAAAGUCCCAAGCCCUCCUGUUCAUAAUUAUAUAGAAAUAUUGAAAUUACCAGACACAGAUCAAAAAAAUAAAAAAGGAGAAAGUGCUAAUGAGACUAAGCCAAGUCAAGCAGGUAAAAAUGAUAGUUCUGCAACUCCAACCAAACCGCCUACAAAGUCAUCAGAAAGUUCAGCUAAAGGCCCAGUUCCAAACUUAAAACCUAUUUCUGACACAAAAUUAGGGAAACAAAGUGGUAAUUUUUCAGCCCCUAUUACUUUUCAACAAACUUUUGAACAACAGUUACAUAGUUUACAAACUGAUAAAAAAUCAAAAUUAACAAAAAAUAAAGCACAAGUUCCCAAAUUAGUGCCUGCAACCCCUAAAUCUAUUAGUGCUGCAAAUAAGUCCAGUAAUUCUACAAACAAGCCGAGUGUCAAUAACAUGCCCAUUCUAGAGAACAAGCCUAGCACUGCUCUAGAUUUAUCUACUCCUCAUAACUCACAAAAUCAGUUUCCACCACAAACCUUACAUAAGGCCUUUGAAACUAUGCAGUCUAUUGACAGUUUGGCUAAGAAGCAAAAUUUACCUAAUAAAGGCAUUCCUCUGAGUAUGCCACAAAACAAUGUUUUCUCUAGCAGUAUGACUAACAGACCACUUAACUCAGGAGUCAGCCCAUUAAGGAUUCCUUCAACAUCUAAUUUGGGUCAGUUAAAAUUGGACAAAACCAGUCCACAGAUGAGCAACAGACAAGAAAUGUCUAAUACUAAAAUAAAUUCACUGAAGUCAACAAAUACUGGUAAUUCCAAUGUUCCAUCUCCAAACUUUCAAAUGGCUCCUCAUACAUCUCCUAGUGCAGCACAACCUUCGCCUAGGUCACAAACACGUUCCCCUAGCUCUUCUCCAAAAUUAGUAAUAGCAGAAGAAAAGCAAGCAGGUAGCUCUGGUUUAGAACAAAAUCUAAAUCAGUCAGAUCAGAUUACAAGUACUCAAAUACCCAAUAUGAACACAAAUAAUGAACAGAUCACAGUGCCACCUGGGACCUCAAAACCUGGCCUAAAACCUAUGCUUCCAGCUGGAAGGAUACCAGGAAUAAGGCAACCUAUACCGACAAGUCAAAAAGCAAGUUCUUUGCAAACCUUACCUGAUUACAGACUGUCUCAAACACGACCACCAUUGAUUUCAUCUCAGCAUGCGUUAUUAAGACGUCAUAUAGAAGUUAAUGCCUGGAUAGAAGCUCAGCGACAGCUAGAGUUGAUCAAGAGUAUGUCAACAAAUAUUGCUCACCAGUCACAAAAUGACUUUAACAAUAAGGACAAACAGUAA